ACGUACUCCCACAAUGCAAUACUUCUAUCUUGUUUGGUGCAACGCCAUAUUUAUUUAUAUUGAUAAUUUUUCAAAUGUGAAGUGAUAUAGAUGAAAUUAAAGAGACAAGUUGUUUAAGGAAUGCAAGUGUGUCACCCGUUUGGUUACUUUUAGAGUGUAGUAGAAAUGAUGUAUUCUACUAAGAGUAAGAUUAGUGUGUAUAUAAUCGGAUCGCCUAUAGGCCACUACGAUUGGUUUCAACUUUUUUUGUGACCCAAGUCUGGACAGCACAGCGUCAGUAAUUGACGGACCAGAGUUGAGGUUAAGCCUAAAUUAUAAUUGAAUUGAGCUACAUUAAGCCUAAAUUUCAGUUUAUUCUCUGUUGAAAAAAGAAAAGAGAAAAUGGGAUCAAGGUUUCCAACUGAUAAGAUCAAUUUGAGACUUAUCUUAGUAACUGGAAAGACAAAGGAAUUUAUCUUUAGUCCAAAUGAUUCAGCAGCAGACAUUGCCCAAUAUGUAUUUGAUAAUUGGCCUCAAGAGUGGGCUGAAGAAGGUGUUUCUAAAGCAGAAAUUUUACGCCUGAUAUAUCAAGGCCGUUUUCUACAUGGAAAUGUUACUUUAGGAGCACUUCAGCUCCCAUUAGGAAGGACUACAGUGAUGCAUCUUGUUCCAAGGGAAAACUUACCUGAACCUAAUUCUCAAGAUCAAAGACAGAAGAGUAAAGAAAGAAGCAGUGGGUGCUGCAGUGCCAGUUGCUCAAUAUUAUGAGGAGAAUAAAGACACGGAGACCUUCAGUAUGAAGACAGAGUAGUAUAUGUUAGCAGCAUCCAUAUAUUUACAAAAUGUGUGAAUGGUGGCUCCAUCUUGUGUUUUGAAAUGUUAUUAGAGUAAGCAGCUAACAUAUCAAGACUGGUGCUGGUUAAGAAUCCCCCCCCCUACAAGAAAAGUAAGCUGUUCUCCCAUUUUGAAAAUAUUCAGCCUCACUGUUGGAAGUUACUCAUCUUACUGUACAUGUAGAACAGUUUUGUCUUCAUGCUGUGUUCUUCAGAUGUACUUUCUGUCAUGUUCUAAAAACUAGGUGAUGUUCUGUUUCUUGGCUUCUAUUUUAUGAUAAGUAAUAGUAUUUUAAGAAAUUUAUAAUUUCCUAACCUAAUGGACUUUCCUUCGUUACAACUGUCUCGAUCCACUGACUUGUGUUGGUGUUUCAACUCCUGCAGAUGUUGUAACAUGUAGAAGAAAUCAGUCAUGUAGUAGCAGUUCCAUGUUUCUCAAUAAGUAUUUCAGAGCUUGUUUAAGCUGUCUAAUACUGCAUGGUGCAGUAAGCUCUCGAAAUGUUGGUUCUUCAAUUGAAAAUAUUUAGUUGGUGUGUUCGUUUACUGAUUUUAUAUUUCAGAGUUACUUCUAAACUGAAACGAGUGAUGAUGUUGUGUGAGAAAACAAUUCAUUCCAUUUUUAGUAGUAACAGUAAAAUCCACAUUUAUGAAUUUUCUUGUAUAACACAGAUUGAAGUCUCUUCAGAGGGAACAAUUUCAAGUGUGAAGGACAUUAUAAAAUGCGAGAUUUAUUCUUGCUUUUUUAGAUUAUUUGUUUCAAUCAUUUAGAUCUGCUAUAUAGAAAGUUUAAUCUCAUGUAAAUAUUGUUGUUAUAUAAGAACAAAUGUAAUAAAAAAAAAUCAGCUGUCUGUGAAGACUUUAGUUUCUUCGUAAAAAUCAUUUUAAAUUUGUAAAAAAAAAUUCUAUUGUAUAAAAUUAUAUACCAGGGUAGAAACCUAACCUCUGACUUGUAGUUAAGCUUUAAUAGUGGUUUUUAAACCUGGUAUUUUGAAUUACUGUACAUUUUAAGUUUAAUAAAAUAUUUUUUUUUUUUUCAUUUCAAAAGCCUUUA